GAGAAACCUUUUUCAAAAAAAGAAGAAGCUGUCAGUUGUUGUUUUUGUCUUCUGCGUUUUUACACAAAGAAAAAAAGAACAAAGGAUCUGGAUUUCCGAAUUCUAAACGAACUGAGUGAAAACAAUAAUUCAUUCAAAAUCAAGGAUUUAUAUUGAAUUCAAUUCUGUUUUUCUCUUGUAGUUGUGCAGCAUAACUGAAACCGAAGAGACAUAAUACGCCCAAUCUCUGUGGGUGUAUCGUUCUAGGUAGAUUUUCUAGAAUUGGGCUGCUUCUAGGCGGCCAUUCUGCUACCGGAACCGGAUGACUAGGUAAUGAAGGGUUUUCUUGAGAGGGGUGUCCCAAAAUAUUCUUCCAGAGGUAGUAGUGCCACCCCUAGCCCAAAUUCCACUUCCCCAUCAGUUUCUUCAGAUUCAGCUCCUAGUGAGAGUAAGCCCUACAAAGCUGCUUCCUUGUGGUCAAGCUUCUUUGCGUCUGCAUUUGCUGCGUUUGAAUCACAUAGUGAGUCAUCCCCUUGUGAAAAGAAGGUCAUUCAUACCAGAAGCAAUGGUUGGACAUCAGCUGUGAAGAGGGUCGUGACCAGUGGCUCAAUGAGGAGGAUUCAGGAGCGUGUGAUGGGGUCAAGCAAGACUGGAAUUUCUAGCACAACUAGUGACAUUUGGCUUCUUGGUGAGUGCUAUAGAAUUUCACAGGAUGAGUCCUCCACAGGUGCAGCUAGUUAUGAUGGAAUUGCAGCAUUCAAACAUGACUUUUCAUCAAGGAUUUUGAUGACAUAUCGAAAAGGUUUUAAUUCUAUUGGGGAUACCAAGUAUACAAGUGAUGCUGGCUGGGGUUGCAUGCUAAGGAGCAGUCAAAUGCUUUUAGCGCAGGCAUUGCUUCUUCAUCAAGUAGGUAGAUCUUGGAGAAAGUCUUUGGAGAAGCCAUUGGACCAAGAAUAUAUCAAGAUCUUGCACCUUUUGGGUGAUUCGGAGGUAUCAGCUUUCUCUAUCCACAAUCUUCUUGAAGCUGGAAAAGAUUAUGGACUUGCAGCUGGGUCAUGGGUAGGCCCAUAUGCCACAUGCCGCUCAUGGGAAUCCCUCGCCCGCCAUAGAAGAGGGCAAACUGAUUCUGAGCAUCAGACACUUCCCAUGGCUGUAUAUGUCGUUUCUGGUGAUGAAGAUGGAGAAAGAGGUGGAGCUCCAGUUGUGUGCAUUGAAGAUGCCUCUAGACGCUGUUUUGAGUUUUCCAAUGGUCAAGCUGCUUGGACACCCAUUCUUUUAUUGGUUCCCUUGGUUCUGGGACUAGAAAAAAUAAACACCAGGUACAUUCCAUCAUUGAGGGCAACAUUUACCUUUCCUCAAAGCCUUGGCAUUUUAGGUGGGAAGCCUGGUGCUUCAACUUACAUUGUGGGUGUACAAGAUGAUAAUGCUUUCUACCUUGAUCCUCAUGAUGUUCAACCGACAAUCAAUAUCAGCGGGGAUGAUCUAGAGGCUGAUACUUCGUCUUACCACAGCGAUCUCAUACGGCACAUUCCUCUGGACUUGAUCGAUCCAUCUUUGGCAAUUGGAUUUUACUGUCGGGACAAAGAUGAUCUCGAUGAUUUUUGUCAUCGGGCAUCCAAGCUAGCAGAUGAAUCAAGUGGUGCUCCAUUGUUUACCGUAACUCACACCCAUAAAUUAUCAAAACCAGUCGACCACAUUGACAUGUCGGGUGACACUGAAGUUCAAGAUGAUGAUUCAUUUGGUAUGGUGACCAUGAAUGAUGUUGGAGGCCUUGCCCAUGAGGAUGACUGGCAACUUCUUUAAUUAGAGAAUUGAUAUGAUGCUCAGGAUUCCAAACUUGUAGCCUGUUUUCUCAUGCGUUGCCAAAUGAAGAGAAGUGUCUCUCGUUUGCUUCAACACUAAAUCUAGAGUUCGUUUGUUGGGUCAAAAUUUGUACAAAGUACACUAAUUUAUCCUGAUUCAUUCUUAAGACAAUAAAUUAUAUUAAAGUGGGUAGUGUAAUGAGGCAAAUGUGGAUGUUGUAUUCUAUAUGGUGCUACUGUUGUUAUUGUCUGAUUAGGUAAAAGGCUGCCUGGAGUAUUCCUUAGCUUCAGAGUUCCCUCCUCUGUCUA